AUGGGCGAAAUUCAGAUUAUUCAGGGAAUGAUAGCGAAAAUGGGGUUGCAAUAUUUUAACCCUGGUACAAUCCACAGAGUGGAAGUGACUCAUAUCAAUAAUCCAAAAAGCUUUUAUGUACAACUUGCAUCAUUGAGUGAAGAUAUUAUGUUAUUAGAAGGUCGAGGGAAUCCAAUAAAUGUUGAAGAUAUUAAGAUUGCAAAACAUGUUAUUUACAAGUCUAAAACACUCAACAAAUAUGUUAGAGGUGUCAUAGAAUGUGUACUUUUUAAGGAAACAAGUGCAUCUUGUACCGUUUAUGCAUUAGACUAUGGAUGCAGAGAUAAACGUGUAUCCUCAAAACGCAUUUUCCUACCCGAAAUGGAUAUAGAUUGCCCUCCUAUGGCAUUACACUGCCAACUACAUUUAUGUGAACCCAAAGAAUUAGAGUUUGAAGAAGAUGUUAUAGAUGCCAUGAAAUUUUUCAUAGGGAAACAUACUGCUAAAAUGACCAUAAUAUAUAGAGCUGUAGAUAAGUUGACAGUGGAAUUGAAGACCCUGGAAUGUCCAGAUGAUGUUGCAACUACACUUGGACUAUUGAAUUUUACUACACUAACAUCUUAUGAUAAUGAAGUAAACAGAUUUCAGGCUGCUACAAGUAAAUCUAAGUUUGUUACAUACAAAGCCAAAAAUGUAAAAGUUGGUGACAAGUUAUGUGUUCGAGUUCAGAGUGGUGACACAGCAGGGAACUUGCAAAAUGUGUUUGCGGCUCAGAUCGAUGGUCGCGGCUGUGGUGUUAGAGUAGGCGAGCCGCCCAAAUUUGAACGCGCUUAUGUGAUAAAGGUUACUAAACCAGGUGCCAAGGCAUUAGUAAAACUCAUUGACUGGGGAAAGGAAAUAGAGGUAGAUUUUAAUGAUAUAAAAUGUGUUAAAGUAGCAGCAUACACCGAGCUACCUGCUAUUGCAAUGUACUGUACAUCUACAGAGGAUCAGAUUUUUGCAGAUGGUUUGGAUGAGUGCUCUCAAUUUCUAAUUGAAAUUCUUGAGUUGGGAAAUGGGAAGGAUGUGCCGCAUAAAAUAACUAUGACUCGUAUGGACAUCCCUAAAGAUGAGCAAUAA